UAUAGGAAAGAAAAAACGACCGACCAACGGACAUUCUUCCUAGAACAAGGAGUUCGUUUGAACAGGAGACUUCUCUUGAGGCUUUGAGAACCCUAGAAGGCGAGCCGAUCGGUUUUGGAAUUAAGAAAAGCGCGGAGCAACAAUAUGGGAGGCGAGGAGCCAAUGCGGGGGAUUGUUCACGAUUCAAAUACCCUAGAAGAAACGAUCCGCGUUUCCAUUAGGUUAAGGCCAUUGAACGACAAGGAAUCGGCCAAAAACGACUCCUCCGAUUGGGAAUGCAUCAACAAUAACUCCGUCGUAUUCCGAAGUACUUUACCGGACCGCUCUAUGUUUCCCCAAACUUACACAUUCGAUAGAGUAUUUGGGUGUGACAGUACAACAAAGCAAGUUUAUGAAGAAGGAGCCAAAGAAGUAGCUCUUUCUGUGGUGAACGGCAUUAACUCAACAAUUUUUGCAUAUGGGCAAACAAGCAGUGGAAAGACUUACACCAUGAAUGGAGUCACCGAGUAUUCUGUGGCAGACAUUUAUGAUUACAUUGAGAAGCAUCAAGAUAGAGAAUUCGUGCUGAAGUUUUCAGCGAUUGAGAUAUACAAUGAAGCUGUUAGAGAUCUCCUUAGCUUUGAAAGUGUCCCACUUAGACUGCUUGAUGAUCCUGAGAAAGGAACUGUUGUUGAGAAACUUAUAGAGGAGACAUUGAAAGACAGGGGCCAUCUCCAGGAGCUUCUUUCCUUCUGUCAAGUUCAAAGAAAGAUAGGGGAGACAUCUCUGAAUGAAACUAGCUCCAGAUCACAUCAAAUCCUAAGGCUAACAAUUGAAAGCACUGCUCGCAAAUUCCAGAAGUCUGGAACUUCAAGCAGUCUCACGGCUACAGUGAACUUUGUUGAUCUUGCUGGAAGUGAACGGGCUUCUCAAACAAUGUCUGCUGGGACAAGACUAAAAGAAGGUUGCCAUAUCAACCGUAGUUUGCUGGCUCUGGGAACUGUUAUUCGCAAACUAAGCAAAGGAAGGAACGGGCACGUACCUUAUAGAGAUUCGAAGCUAACACGUAUUCUGCAGAAUUCUCUAGGGGGGAAUGGUCGAACAGCUAUCAUUUGUACUAUGAGUCCUGCUCGUAUCCAUGUUGAACAAUCAAGAAAUACAUUGCUAUUUGCUACUUGUGCAAAAGCGGUGAGUACAAAUGCACAUGUCAAUGUGGUGGUCUCAGAUAAGGCUUUGGUGAAGCAGUUGCAAAGGGAAUUGGCUAGACUUGAGACUGAGAUGAAGAACUUCAAGCCACUUCCUGGCAAAGGAGAUUCUACUGCCUUGUUGAAAGAGAAAGAACUUGUCAUUGAGCAGAUGGACAAAGAGAUCAGGGAAUUGACUCGGCAGCGUGAUCUUGCUCAAUAUCGAAUCGAGAAUUUAUUGUAUUCUGUCGGAGAAGAUAUGAUAUUUAAGCAAAGUGAAAAUAUAGUACAAACAGUACCAGAUCUAGUUGAUCUCGAUGCCGAUGUCGAUCUCGAUCUCGAUCUGCAUUCUGAAGACUCAAGCCUCAAAACUUUUGGCACAUUUUAUGGACAAGAAGAGAAUAGCCCUCACAAGGUUGAUCCUCUAUUCUCUUUUAGUGACGAGGACAAUUUUCUACUAGAUAGCAGUACUCCUGAACUGGCUGGACCUGAUCCUUACAACGACUGGGAAGAGAUUGCUAAACGUGUUCAUGCAAAUUAUGAAGAUAGUUGUAAGGACGUUCAAUGCAUUGAACUGGAAGAACCAAAAGAAACACUAAACGAAGAUGGUGAUUUAACUUUAGCUAGAUUGGAGGACAGUGAAGGAAAGAUGGUUAGUAUUUCCGGCACUAAUCAAGUGGUAUUCCCACAAAGGAAGAACACGGAGAUAAUUACAUUUGACAAAGAUUUUACUUACAGCGGUUUUGUGCCAAAAGCAGCUGAGACGCAGAAAACAUUGAAUUGUAUUGUAAAUAUUUAUCCUUCUGAGCGAUCUCUCAGCGCAAAGGAAACAACAAAAUCUGGUUUUCAGAACUCAAAGUUGGCCAGAAGCAAAAGUUGUUUGACUGUUUUACUGACCUUACCACCACCUUCUUCUUGGAUUGAAAAGGCAGAGAUAGAUCAGAAACCUCAAAUUGUUGGAUCUGUCGUGAACUUCUCUGGACUAGAAGGCAGUUGGAGAAAGCGCGGUUUAAGCUGUGGAAAUAUGGACACCAUGGACUCACAACCUGUAUGUAGUCACAGUUCAGAAGCUAAGACUUUGCAAAUAAUAGAUGAAGAUGAUGAUGAUAAUGAUAAUACUAGUGUUGUCAACUUUUCUCCUGAAAAAAAAGGAAAGGGCAAAGCUCGGAUAAGGAAGCGAUCCGGUUCGAGGCUGGGAAUGAUCUGGAAGAAGGAUGAACCAGAAGAAAGCACACAAGAAUUUUACAUGGAAGAGGCACAAGAUUUUGAGUCGGAUCCUGAGUGGAUUUUAGAGUUCCAAGAUCAACAAAGAGAGAUAAUUGAGCUUUGGGAUGCUUGCAACGUACCAUUGGCUCACAGAUCAUAUUUCUUCAUCCUUUUUAAAGGAGACCCUUCGGAUGCUGUAUACAUGGAAGUAGAGCUUAGAAGGUUGUUCUUUAUGAGGGAAGCCAUUUCCCGAUCAACUGAUGUGUCGGGAAGAAACGCCAUCACGCAAGCUUCGAGCUUGAAGGCUCUCAACCGCGAGAGAGAAAUGUUGGCCAGGCGAAUAAAAAAGAAGUUCACAGUGAAAGAAAGAGAUGAGCUUUACGAGAAGUGGGGUAUCGACUUGAAGACGAAGCAACGAAGCAUACAGUUGACACGAAUGCUAUGGUCAAGAACAAAGGACAUGGAGCAUAUACAAGAAAGUGCUGCCCUUGUGGCAAAGCUAAUUGGAUUUGUGGACUCUGAUCAGGUGUCAAGGGAGAUGUUUGGGCUAUCCUUCUCACUCCAAUCCUUACAUCAAAGUUCUUUUUCCAGGAGAAGGAACCUGUCUCUUCCUUUUUGAACUGUGCACCUUCAUAUCUUAGUACGUAUUUUUUAUGUCUUUACUCAUCCAGACUAGUAGAAAAAUCCAAUUAUGUAAUGAAAAUUCCCUAGAAGAUGGAUAAGAUUCUCUUUUAACUUUUCACCUUUCAUGUUGUAAUUGAAUUGACCUCUUGUUGUUCACGUGUAUAUACACACUUGCGAGGAAUACUAACAAAGAACACCAUUUUUUUCC